CCAUUAGUCAGGCCUGGUGGGUGUGCCCCGCCCUUGAGAGGAGGCAGGCAGUGGCUCCUUUGAAAAUGUCGUGUUAUUUGUCUUCACUCUGGAGGUGAGAGAACCUGCUGAGUGCUUCCCAGGUGCUCUGACCAGACCCCUCGGACGGUGAGGGUGCUCGGUGACUAGGGCACAGCCCGGCCCGGGAGCUGGUGCCACCUCAACCAGGUCCUGGUCUGGGCAGGAAGCCCAGCCCAAAGGGUGGCAUGUGGUGGGCCCCCAGCGCAAAGACCCAGCAUCUGGGGGCCUGAGGCCCAGCUCGGGGCCAGCUGCUCGAGGCCCAGCCCAGCCAGGCCUGGGACGGCAGAGACGAAGGGGAGCAGGGGGAGCCAGGCUGUGACCAGAGGCCGAGGCCAAGCUGCACUGGGAGGAGAGGUGGAGGCUGGCAAGGCUCUGGACCUGGCUGGCCAGGUCGAAGGGCACAGACUGCAGGGAGGCCAGGGCCUGGCCCAGGGCGGGAAGGGCUGGUCAUCUUGCCGGCAUCUCCAUCCUGUUGCGUAAUUGGAGCUUCCCCUCUGCUCACGGCCACAGCCCCUUGGGGAGUGGCCCUGGGCGCCCCCCUGUGCCCUGGCCCUGGGCAGGAACACGGCUGGAGGCCCCUGCCUGGGGGCCAGGGCUCCGGUGCCUCCUGGAGGCUGGUUUGUGCGUUUUUGUUCUGGACUGGGCCUGUGGGCGCCUGCUUACCUGCACAGGUGUUUAAACAUGGCUGCGUGAGCCGGGGAGGACACACCCACCGACCCACCCUCCUGGCCCUCCGGGAGGGGCUGUGGCUCAUGCUCUGGGCAGUCUGAGGGCCCCUGGGGUCCAGGGCGAGUGGGGAGGCUCCUGUGCUCCAAGCCCCCUCCCAGGCUCCCCACCCCAGCACCGGGGGUUGCCCUGCUCUGGGACGGGGACCGGCCUGGGACCAGCCCUGUGCAGCCAGUGCCUCACCCUGCGGUGUGUCCAGCUGGCAAGGUUGAGAGUGAGGCUAAAAAUAGACUCGCACCCGGGGCUGUAACAUCCCCUGGGCAGAGCCCGGGAGAAACAGGCCGGGCUCCAGGGUCCUGGUCACUGGGUCAGGCCUCGGGCUGGCGCUUCCUCCUGGCUCACACCCCUCCCCUGCCCUCGCCCUGCUGGCUGCGUCCCCAGCACCAGCUCGCUCACCCCAGCCUCCAGGACCAGGAAGCUGGGCGGGUUCUGUGCAGCCAUUGGGCUCCUCACCGCUGGGGGCACCCUGAUGGGAACUGAGGCUCGCGGAGGCAGCAUGCCAGGCCCGGCAGAGGCUGAGGGACCCGGCAGCCGAGCGUGAGGACCAGACCCAGCGAUGACCAGUUCCCCCGUCUCCAGAGUCGUCUACAACGGCAAGAGGAACAGCAGCCCCCGCUCUCCCCCCAACAGCAGCGAGAUCUUCACCCCGGCCCACGAGGAGAAUGUGCGCUUCAUUUACGAAGCCUGGCAGGGCGUGGAGCGGGACCUUCGGAGCCAGAUCUCGGGCAACGAGAGGGGCCUGGUGGAGGAGUACGUGGAGAAGGUCCCUAACCCCAGCCUGAAGACCUUCAAGCCCAUCGACCUGAGCGACCUGAAGCGCCGCAGCUCGCAGGAUGCCAAGAAGUCGUAAAGCCCGGGGGCCUGGCGUCAGUCCCCGGAGGGCCGCCCUCCCGCCCCGCGCACUCCCGGGCCUGCCCCCAGGAUCUUGACCCUGACUCCUCCCUUCCUGUCUCCCCCACUGCCCCCGCCCCGACCCCUGGCCACCUCCAGGGCCUGGGGACUCGUCCAGGUUUGACUCUGAGGUGGCCAGAAGGCAAGACAGGGCGGCCCCACCCACACCCAGCCUGGGUCCCCCACAUUGGACACAUGGGAGCAAAUAACCCCGACCCCUGCACCCCCUCACUGCCCAGCCUGGCCCCUUCCUCCAGGCCUGGGGCCCCCCCCCCCCCCCCCCCCC